AAAUUAAGUGUUCACGUGAUGUUGUCAUUCUUCACGUGACGCAAUGGCCACCAGAGGGAAAAGCGAAACGGAAAAAUUGAAACACAAUUUGGAAGAACAGUUAGACCGUCUUGUCGCCCAGCUUUCAGAUUUGGAUGAAGCAAAGGACGAAAUGGACGGUGAAGAAUACGAGGAGACAAAGUCUGAGACACUCGAGCAGCUGAAAGAGUUCAACGAGUCACUGUCGCACUUGGCAGCGGGAAACGUCACUCUGGUCGACGAACUAAGUCGUAUGCAGCUGGCUAUUCAGGCAGCUAUAAGUCAGGCGUUUCACACGCCGGAGGUGAUUCGGAUGUUUGCAAAGAAACAGCCUGGACAGUUGAGACAAAGACUGGUUGAUCUGCAACGUGAUCACAAGAUGGGUAGGAUAUCAGAAGGCAUGUACACACAGCAAGCUGUUGAAAUCCUAACGGCUCUUAGGAAACUUGGAGACAAGCUUUCAGCAGCUGAGCUUGACUUCCUUACUGCCAAUUCUAGUGCAGCACUGACAGAAUUUGAAAAAGCAUCAAGUGCAGUUGGUAAGCACAUUAUCUGUGAAUACACACGCCCAUAUGGGUACAUAUGCACACACACACACACACACACACACACACACACACUGAAGCACAGAUAUCCUAUAAGGUGGUGGGACUAUAUCUUUAUUCGAUUAUGA